ACGGCUUCUCCGUGCGGGCCAUUAUUUUGGUCAACACUUUCCUCCAAAACACUUGUCCUGUGCGUCUGUAGCGAACACAUAUGCAGAAUAUACAGAAGAAGGAUACGGUGGCAACCAGCGUUAUCAUCCAGUCAGGAAGAAGCGCCAUAGCCUCUGUGCGGAACGUAAUGACGUCUUAAGGGACACGCCUACCACGGAAGAGAAGUGAAAGUUUUUUAUUAUUGCAGAAUACAAAUUUAACAAACAGUAACUUCAAAGAAAAGGAGAGUUUAGGACUGAGCAAACACAAUCACGAUUGUGAGGAGGAGAGAAGUCGUAAAAUGAUCACGAGCAACCAGAGUCUCCAUGCUUUCUGAGACACAUCAGUACCAGUGUGAGUUUCAGUGAACAUAUCCUAUUACAAAGAUGACAUCCUCCCGUGGUGCAAGUCUGCAAACCUCCCUGGAGAGAAGGACUGAAGGGCACAGUGUUCCCAUCUUAAACUAAAGCCACAAGCUGAUCAACAAGGUGCUCUAUUCAAGGUGGUCUGCCAAGAUCAUGACGUCUAAACUUGAUAAUCCUCCACCCUAUGAGGACGCACUGCACCAUCCUAAGAAUGGAAACUACCCAUACCAGCCACAGAAUGGCACCCCUCUUCCACCACCUCCAUCUUACAGUCCCGGACCUGGCAUGUGCCCUGGCCCGCCUGGCUACUGGGGCCAGGAGGGUGUCUACCCGCAGGCCGGGAUGUGGGCAGCCCCUGGCUUCUCUCCAUCCGGGGUGCCCACCACAAUACCAACUCUGUCUGCUGGAGUGCUCACAUCCGACCAAGGAGACAUGGAUGAUUUUCUGAGAACCCAGUGGGAGAGCACAUCUAUUCGGCAUGCCUUCAUUAGGAAGGUUUACUUAAUUUUAACAGCACAGCUUGCCGUCACCUUUUCAGUUGUUGCUGUCUUUACAUUUGUAGACCCAGUGAGGCUGUUUGUCAUCAGAUACCCUGGCAUCUACUGGGCAUCGUUUGUGGUUUAUAUUAUAGUUUACUGCAUUCUCAUCUGCUGCAAAGAGCCGAGGAGGCGUUUCCCAUGGAAUCUGGUGCUGCUGGGAAUAUUUACUCUUGCCUUGUCUUUCAUGGCCGGAACAAUUUCGAGCUAUUAUGAAACAAAAGCGGUGUUUCUCGCCAUGGGAAUAACAGCAGUAGUUUGUGUAGCUGUCACAAUCUUCUGCUUCCAAACCAAGGUGGACUUCACCUCCUGCGGGGGACUUCUCUCUAUUUCUGCCGUUUUGCUUAUGAUCAUUGGGAUUGUUACAGCUGUCGUCCUCUCCUUCCAAUACGUCCCUUGGCUGCAUAUGCUCUACGCUGCAAUUGGAGCCAUUGUUUACACUCUGUUUUUAGUAUACAAUACCCAGCUUCUUAUUGGAAAUCGAGAGUUGGCCAUCAGCCCAGAGGAGUACAUCUACGGAGCGCUCUCUCUCUACAUUGACAUCGUUCACAUCUUCCUCUUCAUCCUUCAAGUCAGUGGAGCUGCUACUGAAUAAGCCCAUGGUUAGAGCACAGCUUGCUGUCUACCAGGAUGUUGUGUUUUAAACAUAAUGCUACAUGUACACAAGUGUGUCACUUAGGAAGUUGCAUUACCAGUUAUCAAUGGUGAAAUUCCUAUCUAUUAAUGUAAGUAUAUACAAGUUUAUUUUUUUAUAUCAGUAACACUUGAGUAGGCCUACUUAUUGAUCGAUCUACUCUUGCACUGUAUGUAGCACGGCAGUGAAUUACGUCUUUCACUUACCCAGCUGGGAAUGAGGGGAGAAAAUGAAGCCUUGCCUUCUGUAUGGUUGUCAUUUAAUAUUUUGUCUUGCUUUUGUGUUUCAACAAGUCGUGUUUUAAUAGAUCACAAGUGCUUCAUAUGCAGCCAUGGGAGAGAACAUCGACACUAUACUGGAAGGGAUAUAAAAUGCGCAUGCUUAAACAACAUAUUAGUCUGUGAAGUAUUACUUGUAUCAGUAGUCAUCAUUAUUGAAUUCAGAAGCAGUACACACACACACACACACGUUUUUGUUUUAGACGUUUUUUUAUUAUUUAUUAUUUGUGUUUUGUCCUCUAAUUACAUACAAAACACCUGUAGUUACAAGCAUACUGCUGGAGACCACAAUCAUUAGUCCUUAGUCUGUGCUGGUCGUAAGAGGGACUCAGAUCUGUAUUAAAGUAGUUUUUUAACAUCUCUGUAGAAAAGUACAAGGACAAACACCGACUCCUUGAUUAAAAAUGGAUUAACUAUGUGCAGCUUUAUGACAACUUCCUUAAAUCAUUGGCCAACUCCUCUCUCUCUAUUAUGUAACUGCUAUUUGAUGUUGUAAGACAACUUUGUACCCCAAUCAAUAAAGUAUACUAUACUGUUGCAACUGCUUCAAUGGUUAGUCAUAGUGGCACGUUAGAGUCAUAGAGUGGCACUAGCUCCUAUACCCUCUCCCUUUCUGGAUUGUGGAUUAGUAUUGCUUCCCAGCACCAGGAUAUGUGUCUGUUAUUCCAGUGAUGACUUGGUUUUGUCCGUAUGGUUGAAGGUUCAAGGCGUCAGGCGCUUAGGGUCACGUGGGAACAUGGAGGUCUGACGCACAUUGUGGAGACCCAGGUACAGCAUGCAGACU